AUGAGAUAUGUGAAAUGUUCAGGUUUUAUAAGUGUACCUACUAAGCAACCAGAUAAUAAGGAAGUAGUGGUAGCAGUAGUAGUAAUAGCAGUAGUAGUAGUAGUAGUAGUAGUAGUAGUAGUAGUAGUAGUUCUGGUAGUACUUAGUGAUAGUAGGGCUAGUAGUAGAUCAUUACAGGUACGAGAUAAGAUGCUGAGGAGGAGACAUCAUGAAUGCGCUAAGUUAUCUACGUAA